CUGUUUAGACAAAAUAUUUUUCCCGCGUUUGUAUUUUAGGCCAUCUGAAAAAAUCUCACAGUAGUAUAGAAAAUCCAAGUUCAAUCAUUCGCUGCAGCUUACCGAGAUGUUUACCCCUAAGCGGGAUAGUCCUGGACGUGGAAGCCCAUAUGGAAGCCCUUACGAUCGACAGAAGAUGAGUCCAUUUGCUAACGGUAGUAGCGUCACCAGAAGUGGCAAACCACGAGGAGGUUCUAGGCCCUCUCUUGGAAUGUACGAAAGUAGUCUAGUUUCUGGGAAAAGCCAUGGAACUCCUAUCACAAUUGAAGAGGCACCAACACACAGAGUUAUGUCUUAUGGUAAAGCACUCCCAGUGCAAGUUUCUGAGUCACUUUCAAAAAGAUCAUCAGGUCAGAUCACUUGCAAAUUAGACAUGAAUGGUUGGGCUUGGUUAGUGAAUGGAAAAAGUCUUCUUGUAUGGAAAUAUGUUCCAUCUUUGUUAAAUAAGAAUAUUUCUUGUUGUGAGCUGCCCCUUCCAACCUCAGACCUUUACCACAAAGCCAGACUUACCUGUGUCAUGCCUUUGGACACUGGCGACGGCCAGCAGCACCCAAGAGAUUCUAUGGCAUCAGUUGUCAAUAUAUCUCCUGGAGGAACAAUCAGAUUUUGGCCAAAUAUUGCAAAUCCAAGCAUAUUUGUUGAGUCUUCUGCUGGGCAUCGUGGCAAGGAAUUUCAUUGUCUUGCUGCGCUACCACCUCAUGGUUGCAUUUUGAUGACUGCUGAUGGCGAGGUUCUUCUGGUCUCACCCAAUCAAGCUGGUGUAAUAUGUCGCUCUAUCAUUGAGUCAGCUGGGUUGCUGUCAGGAGUUGGUCGCAAAAUGUCUUCAUUUUUAUUUGGAAAUGCAUCUUCAUCGGUUGCCCUGCAUUUGCCCAAGCUUUCUGUUGCACCUAAAGGUGAAGCUACCAAUAAAAGGCAGUAUUAUUCGCUGCUAAACGGCAAUUUACAAAAGUGGGAGUUAGCAGAAGGACGCGAGAAGCUGCUUUCGCAAAUUGACCUUCUUGACAAAUUAGAGAAAGAGAUUUUCAAUGUAAUUGAGAUCGAUCGUGAUGCCCUGGUCAAGAUCGAACCACUUGACAUUACGUCAUCAGUAUAUAGUGUGACGAUUUUGGCCAGCGUAGUGGUGCGAAUAAUUGACGGACUCAAGGUCAUCUUGCUACUCGGUACCUUACAAUCAUCUGGCAAAGAUAUUGCCAGCAGUUUUGACAGUCUUGUGCCUUUGGAAUAUGCCAUAGAAAUCGAGGAUGAAUCUGCAGUGCCUGAAUUCGAAUUGGUUGUUCCACCUGGCAGUUACCAAGUAUUUGUUUUUAACAGAGAUGUUAUAACUGUUAGCCCAGUUUCGGAAUACAAAAACACAUCGGUUGAUGUCAAAUUUCCAAACGAAUCUUCGAAAGUUGUCGGCGGUGGUUGCUACGGAACAGAUGCUGUUUUUCUGUCAAAGAGACAUGGUUUGUUCAUCGUUGUUGCCUAUCACAAAGAUUCUCCAUCCAGUGUUUUGCAAAUGGAACCAUUGUCAGAAACAAAAGCUUCAGAGAUGGCAACGUCCAGUGCAUCAAUGGAUAUUACUGAAGUUAGUGGCGCAAGGGAGUCUGGAAAUAGCGAGAAGAACCUUGAGGAUGUGAUAAGAGAGGCAUUUUAUAAACACUGUGAAGAUAAAAUUUUCGAAGCCACGGAAAUCAUAUCAAUGAUUCCGUCAGAAGCCAAGAUCAAUGAAGUAGUAGUUGGUAUAGGAAGAGAGAUAAUUGAUGCUAUACCAGCCUCGGAUCCACGCUGGGCCCAGCAUGCCCUUCAAGGUGCUGGGCAGGCGACUACUGACUCUGUUCUGAUUAUGAGGCAGUUAAAAGAUAAAGAACGUGUGUUUGAAUACUUCCUCAAAUUCUUAGAUGACGUUGAAAUUUUUGACAAGCUUACUAUUUGUCACGAUGAAAACAACCACUGUUACACAAAAUUUAAAUUAUGUGAGCAAGCUGAAAAACUGAAUGCAGCCCAAGCAUUGCAGACGAUCAAUCUGAAAGAGGAUGCCUUGAUUCAAGAAGUAAUCAAAUCAGUUGUCCACCAACGAGAUAUUGAUGUCAUGGGCGAUCACCUUACAGAUCAAGACAUCUUCUUUAGAGAGGUUAGCAAGAUAAGCGAGUUGUUCCCCGCCCUGGUUGUUUACGAAGAAGAAGCACUGAGUCAAUUUACGUCAAUGAAGAAGCAGAUUGAGCUCAUAUCUGACGUAAACAACAUCAUUAUUGCUGCGUUGAAGAAUUCCUGGCUGUACAGACAGAGCAAAGCCUCGUUUUUUCAUCCGACUUCUGAAAACAUCGAAGUCAUUGAGUAUAUACCAUGGACAGCUACAAACGAUGCAAAAGGUAUCCGGACAGUUCUCAAGAAGCAGAUUCUCUUGACUGAGGACAAAGCUUUGGCCAAUACUGAUAACCCAAACAUCAGCAAAAAUCUUCUACAGCAGGCAGUUGAUUUGUCAGAUUUGUUGCUAGAUGGCUACGUCACUCAGCUCCAGUUUCUAAAAGCCACAAAAAAUGACUGUGGACAACUGCAACUUGAGUUUGAAACUGAGCGAAAGUCUGCCAUUGAACCUCUCAUUCAACAAGAACAUUACAAGAUGGCGUUGGCACUGGCCGAAAAAUACAAGGAUUUCGCACUUAUGAUAGAAAUUUGCGACAGAGAAGGAAACCAUGAAAAACUUGAGAAAUACAAGGCUACACUUGUAUCAGAGGGUUUUCUAGAUUUUCUCUUCAAAUGGUACUUGGAUAGGGGUGAACUUGGAAAACUUUUAACCGAAAGCUCAUCGUCCCAACUCGAAAAGUUCUUGAGCUCUCACCACCAUCUAAGCUGGCUACAUUUCAUUGGAAAUGGUGAAUACGAAAAGGCUUCUGAUGUUUUAAAAAGAACUGCAAAAGGAGAAAGAUCAUUUUUAGCAAGAAAAAAGAUUCUCUUGACUGAGGACAAAGCUUUGGCCAAUACUGAUAACCCAAACAUCAGCAAAAAUCUUCUACAGCAGGCAGUUGAUUUGUCAGAUUUGUUGCUAGAUGGCUACGUCACUCAACUCCAGUUUCUAAAAGCCACAAAAAAUGACUGUGGACAACUGCAACUUGAGUUUGAAACUGAGCGAAAGUCUGCCAUUGAACCUCUCAUUCAACAAGAACAUUACAAGAUGGCGUUGGCACUGGCCGAAAAAUACAAGGAUUUUGCACUUAUGAUAGAAAUCUGCGACAGAGAAGGAAACCAUGAAAAACUUGAGAAAUACAAGGCUACACUUGUAUCAGAGGGUUUUCUAGAUUUUCUCUUCAAAUGGUACUUGGAUAGGGGUGAACUUGGAAAACUUUUAACCGAAAGCUCAUCGUCCCAACUCGAAAAGUUCUUGAGCUCUCACCACCAUCUAAGCUGGCUACACUUCAUUGGAAAUGGUGAAUACGAAAAGGCAUCUGAUGUUUUAAAAAGAACUGCAAAAGGAGAAAGAUCGUUUUUAGCAAGAAAAAAGACGAUGCUGUCGAUCGCCAAACUUUGUUUAUUGGCCACAGAAGAAGAUUCGCCGAGCAUUCCUCGUGAUUUGGAAGAAAUCCAAAAUCAUCUAGAUGUUAUUUUACACCAAGAAACUCUGCCAGCUGCUGUUGUUGAGAAUGCCGGAAUCGAUCCAAACAGCAUGCCACCUUUGACGGUCGAGGAUCUAAUCGAGCUUUAUACUGGUGAGAAUAACACUGAUGCAAAUGAAUACGACUUUAAAAGGGCACUUGAUCUUGUUCCCUUUGUUGACCCACUUAAAAAACAAAAACUGUGGAAUCGUAUAUGGUGCAGAUCAAUUAUCAGAGAUGACUGGAACAGAAACCUUGCACCUGACCCCCUCACAGCAGUUCAAGGAACUGUCUUCUGUAAAUGCGCUCGGCUGUUUCAUCAAGAGACUUCAGAUGUCUUGACAGUGCUGCCCACGUUGGAUGUUUUGCAAUCGUCUGAAGAGUUACAGGGAUAUGAGCUGAGCUCAAAUGACAAUUUCAUGUUCCUUAUAAAAGCUUUCUACGAAAGCCUUGCUUCCAGAUAACUGCCUCAUUAUCAGAUAAGUUUUUCUUCUUUCUUAUAUCAUUAUUUGCUAAUUUUUGUACAAAAACAUUGGUCUAUAAACUGCCGGAAAUAGCACUUAUGAAUUUAAUGCAUUUGUCAUUCUCCAAUUGAAACAUGAUUAAAUGUACAUAUUAGAGUCCGUAUUUGUUUCUGUUUUACGAAAUUGGCAACAUCUAUUGCAAAAAUAUCCUGACUCUAGUUUUCGGGUUGUAUUUUGUUUCUCAAAAUUGCUUACAAAAUUGGUCGUUGAAUCAGUUUUAUGCAAUGGUAGAGUAAUUUGAGAGUCGUGUGUACAGUUUUGACAACUGCCAAUCAGAAAGCCAUGUAUGGGAAUCCUAAUUGCCUCUAGUAGGUAAUCAGUUAGACUGGCUUGAUUUUUACCAGUCAGCAUUGAGAAACACCCACUUUGCUGGCUCGAAUCAACUUCAUUCAUACAUUCGUUUGUAAGGAAAGAUUCUUCUCCCGCAAAUGCCAAAUUAUCAUUGAAAACAGCUUAGCAAUAUAUGAGGGAUAAGACAACACGUAGUUCUUAGAAAUUUUUGCUCAAUUUUUGGUCUGUAUAUGGUGAACCCAUUAAUGUUUUUGUGGUUACGGAAAACUUGAUACAGCAAAAAUGUAACUAAAGCCCUGGUCAAACGAUCCAACAUUGUUGGCUCUGCGCACGCGUUAUCGGUAAAAGACCGCCAAAAUUCAACCAUAUCAUUAAUGUUGACUUCUCGGGUUGAUUUCGUUCGCUUUGACUCUCACUUCGACUCUAGAUUUUGCUUACAAUUGAUACAAUUUAUAGCUAUGGAAGCGAUUGCCUUUCGUUUU